UUAUUUGGGUUCUGUGGGUGGUGUUUUGUUAUAUCUUCGUUUUGUUACUGACGGUAAAGAUUAGUAUUGCAUUUUUGGGUCAAUAUUUACAGCCAUAUUAACCUCAAACAGACGUGUAUAAAACUGCAGACAAUUUUUUUUUUUUUUUUCCUUCUUUUCUCCCUGCUCUGCCUCAUCCUUUCAGUACGUGCGCAGGAAAAUGGUGUCCUCUCUGUGUCACUCAGCGCCUCUUCGCGCCUGUCUGCUGCGCUGCUCCUGAGCAUGUAGUGCCAGGGCCACGUCCUGAUUGGCUGCGCCGCUGCAGGUCCGUCUCCGCGCGCCCUUAUCCUGAGCCCGGCAGCACAUCCCGUGCACACCAUAACAGCAGCAUCAUGGACAAGGAGCGGGCCGUCUUACUAGUCUCCUCCAGCAUCAGCCGUGGGCUCGAAGCGCGCGACUCGGCGCCUUGGGAAACGUGUCUUCCCGCCGUUAUACAUCUCUCACUCCAAUCUGCCAGGGGCGCCUGCCUCAGUCCGCUGGAAAAAAUGCGAGUUGAUGCGUCGGAGAUGUUGAGCGUGCAGAACGGCUGCGUACAACCGCACGAGCGGCGGGAAGAAAAAGAAGAAAAAGAGGAGGAAGAGCAGGAGAAGAAGAAGGAGGAGGAAGAGGAGGAGGAGGAGCGCGUGGGGAGCUCGGGGAGCCCGCGGAGCCCGCGGAGCGCCCAGAAUUAUGAGGGGCCCAAGCGCAGUCGCGAGGUCGUGUGGAGGAACGUGUUCCUCAUGAGCCUGCUGCACCUCGGGGCCCUUUACUCCCUGUUCCUCAUCCCCCAGGCGCACCCUCUUACCUGGAUCUGGUCCUACGUAUGUUUCAUGAUCAAUGCACUUGGAGUGACAGCAGGAGCUCACCGCCUUUGGAGUCACAGGUCUUACAAAGCCAAGCUGCCUCUAAGAAUCUUCCUCGCUGCUGCUAACUCCAUGGCCUUCCAGAACGACAUCUUUGAAUGGUCUCGAGACCACAGGGUCCACCAUAAGUACUCCGAGACAGAUGCAGACCCCCACAAUGCCAAGCGGGGCUUUUUCUUUGCACAUGUGGGCUGGCUGUUUGUGCGGAAGCACCAAGAUGUGAUCGAAAAAGGCAAAAGGCUUGACCUCAGUGACCUCUUGGCUGACCCCGUGGUGGUGUUUCAGAGAAAGUACUACAAGAUAUCCGUCGUGCUCAUGUGCUUUGUGGUCCCCACAUUGGUGCCGUGGUACUUCUGGGGCGAGUCACUGUGGAACGGAUACUUCCUGUCCUCCAUCCUGCGUUACACUAUCUCACUUAAUGUCAGCUGGCUGGUCAACAGUGCUGCCCACAUGUAUGGAAACCGGCCAUAUGACAAAACCAUCAGCCCCAGAGAAAACUGCUUUGUCACCUUCGGCGCAAUCGGUGAGGGUUUCCACAACUACCACCACACGUUCCCCUUUGACUACUCUACCAGCGAGUUUGGCCUGCACCUUAACCCCACCACCUGCUUCAUUGACCUCAUGUGCUGGCUGGGCCUAGCAAGCAACCGCAAGAAAGCCUCGCCAGAGAUGAUCCAGGCACGCAAGCUCAGGACAGGGGAUGGCAGCGCUUGAGGACCAGCCUCCCGGUUCGGCAGAAACUCCGUUGAAGAACAAACGGAGUGGAUGUUGUCAUGUUUUAGGGUAAAUCUGUUUUCAGAAGCUAUCUUUAAGGAUGGAGAGAUGUAUUUUUCUCCCACAACCUCUUUUGUUUGUUCUGUUUUUUUUCCCCCUGCUUCAUUUUCCAUACUCUGACAUUUUAGUGGCAUGAUUUUUUUCCCAGUUUCAUGUUUAUUGUUUGAAUUCUUAAAUUGACAUGUCUAAUCAAUUAUUUGGAAAAUUCUGUAUGUCAUAGCUGUUAGUAUGUGUGUUCCAAAGCUUCCACUUUGUGAUGAAAUUAUUGGUCUGAUAGCUUUUGAUGACAUGUGUUCCCCUUUUGCAUUGCUGAGCCUGAAUGGAUGGCCAUGAGGGUGCUGAGUCCUAGAAGACAGUAGUGUAACCGUGCAACACCAGUUGUUUUAGCUUAUAUAAUCUGUCUGUUGAAAUAGCCCUGCAACCUGUUUAUUCAACCUCUUUAUUCAUUUUUGCCUUUUCUUUUUAAUGGCCCAAUUCUUUUCUGUGCCACUGUAUAUAAUGAUGAUGCUAAUUAUUAUUAUUUCUUGGCCAGCACAGUGUAUAACGGUGCUGCCUCACAGCACCUGGGCUGUUCAGGCAUAGGUUUGAAUUCAACUCGGUCUGUG